AUGGCAGUGGACGUGGAGAAACAUGCCUCGUCCACAAAGAGUACCACGGAUUCCGCUCGAAAUGGAUCGAUCGUCGAAAUGACCGAACUCACACAAUUGGGUUAUAGACCUGAGCUCCGACGGAACCGGUCUAUGUUGACGCUGCUCUUCCAGUCAUUAGCCAUUGCGGCUAUUCCAUAUGGCGAAGGUGCGCCACUUCUGACAGCGAUCUAUGGUGGUGGACCGCUGUCUAUAUUCGUGGGUUGGAUGAUGGUCUGCAUCCUCGAUGAAUGCAUCGCCCUUUCAUUAGGCGAACUUGCCUCUCGCUAUCCGACCUCGGCAGGUCCAUAUUACUGGUCUUUCCAGAUCGCUGAUCGAGGCAAGAUUCCACUUUCAUAUCUAACAGGCUGGACUUGGAUGAUAGGUACGUGA